AUGCCUUCCGACGUCAAGCCUCAGGACAUCACCGAGAAGAAUGACCCUAGUGUCAUGAGACAGUGGGAUGAAGCCGACUUCUCCACCAAGUUCGAGGAGUUUUACCAGAUCGUGGAUAACCUCAAGAUUGGUCUUCUAGGCACAUACCGUCCUGGUGUCGGACGCACCGGCCCCGACUUUCUUUUCCUCGCCAACGCACACUCGCAAAAGUUCAAGGACAUUGAAGCAAGCAAGGAAGUCAACAUUUCCUUCCAAGACACCAAGAGCCAAGACUGGAUCUCGGUAUCCGGCACUGCCACCACUGCUUCCAACAGCGAUCCGCGUAUCAAGGAGGUCUGGAGCCGUGGUGCUGCAGCCUGGUUCGGAGACCUGGGCGAUGGUGUCCACAACGGUACUGCCGAAGACCCCAGAAUGAAUAUUUCAUACUACAAGACCAAUGUGGGCGCUCUUGGGUACCUUAAGGAAGUUGUUGCUGCUAAUGUUACUGGUGGUGUUGCCAACACUGGUAACCUCAGACAGAUGAAGGAGGAUGAGAUUACAAAGGCCAGACAGCAGCACUCCAGCAUGAGCUCGUAA